AUGAAUCGCACGCUGGUCGAGUGUGCGCGUUGCAUGAUGGAACACGCUGGACUGGGAAAGAGCUACUGGGGUGAAGCAGUGAUGACGGCGAUGUUUCUUCGAAACCGCUGUCCAACACGUGCCAUUCACCAAGACAAGUCUCCAUAUCAAGUGUGGACGAUGAAGAAACCGAUUCUGGCCAACCUUAAAGUGUUUGGAUGCCACGCGUAUGUUCAAGUGCCUCAAGACAAACGCGCGAAGUUCGACUCCAAGUCAUCACUCUGUUGUUUCCUGGGGUACGCCGAACACCAGAAGUCAUAUCGAUUCGAGGAAGUAUCAACAGGAGCGAUCAAGAUCAGUCGCGAUGCCACGUUCAUGGAAGACAAGUUUGAUGAAGGUCCACGCAACUACAACGAUGAUUCAAGUGCGGUUGAGUUCGACAAUCAAGACGACGACGAAGAAAAAGAAGAAGGCAAAACUGACGACGACAUGGACUCGAGCGACGAUGACAACGAAGACACCAGGUCUUCGAAGAGCAACAUCAAGAGACACACGCGCACUCAAUCACUUGAGAAAGCUACCGUCAUUCCAAGUCCCAAGCGAAGAACGUACAGAGGUCCGUCGCUUGAGCAUGUGUCAGCGGCUGCAAUGGAUUUUGAAGCAGCCUACAUCGUUGAUUCAGUGGGGGAAACGCCGACUACAUUCAAGUCGGCGAUGGAAUCAAGCGACUCCGGCAAGUGGAAAGAAGCGUGUGACUCGGAGUUCGACUCGCUUCAGAGAAACGACACGUGGGAAAUCGUGCCUCUUCCGAAAGGUCGCAAGGCCAUCGGGUGCCGAUGGGUUUUUCGUGUAAAGGAGAAUCAAGAUGGCGAAGUUGAACGUUUCAAGGCAAGACUUGUGGCCAAAGGAUUCUCACAGAAAUUCGGAGUUGACUAUGAAGAAACUUUCGCACCGGUGGCCAAGUUCACAUCGAUUCGUGUGGUGCUCAGUAUGGCGGCCAAGUACGGCCUAAUGCUACAUCAGAUGGACGUCAAGACAGCGUUUCUUAACGGCUCCCUCAACGAAGACAUCUACAUGGACCAGCCGGACGGAUACCUGGAUGCAACACAGCCGGACUAUGUGUGCAAGCUAAAGAGAUCACUCUACGGCUUGAAGCAAUCGCCUCGCAUGUGGAACCAAACAAUCGAUGGGUUCAUGAUCAAGAUGGGAUUCAAGAAGUGCGAAUCGGACCACUGCAUCUACAUCAAGCGAGACGACCAAGACAUGAUUCUCGUGGUGCUCUACGUCGAUGAUCUCAUCCUGGCCAGCAGCAACAACGAACUCCUCAAGUCAACCAAGAUGGCGCUGAGCAAACGCUUCGAAAUGACGGAUCUCGGUGAGCUCGAUUACUUUCUCGGCAUGGAGAUCAAGAACGACCGUAAGACGGGAAUGGUGACUGUACAACAAACCAAGUUCCUCAAGUCCGUGUUAACCAAGUUCGGAAUGGAUAACAGCAAGCCAGUGAAGACGCCUCAAGAUCCCGGCCUGAAGCUAACCAAGAACAUGUGUGAACAAGAAUGCAAGCACGAAGACACCAUGUGCAACGUGCCAUAUCGAAGUGCUGUCGGAGGCAUCAUGUAUCUCAUGGUCGCCACACGUCCGGAUCUAGCUGCUGCAGUGGGAUCAUUAUCCCAGUUCUCGUCCGACCCAUGCCCGACUCACUGGCAAGCUUUGAAGCGUGUGCUGAGAUACCUGCAAGCAACGCCCAAUCAUGGUCUUGAGUUUACACGUGAAGAAGGAAGCCGUAUCUGCGGGUACACCGACGCAGACUGGGCCGGCGACAUUGAGUCAAGACGAAGUACAAGCGGCUAUGUGUUCAUGAUGAGCGGAGGAUGCAUCAGCUGGAAAAGCCAGAAACAACGGACGGUCGCGCUAUCUUCAACAGAAGCAGAAUACAUGGCGCUUUCCGAAGCAACCAAAGAAGCAGUAUGGCUCAAAGUGCUUUUGGGGGAACUUGGUGAGAUGACAAGCGACGAAGCGAUCAAGAUGUAUGAAGACAACCAAGGAUCAAUCGCUCUCGCCAAGAACCCGGAGUUCCAUAAGAGAACAAAACACAUCGACAUACGCUACCAUUUUGUGCGUGAGAAGGUGGAAUCAGGUGAAGUCGUUUUGGAGUAUUGCCCGACUCAAGAUAUGCUGGCAGACAUGAUGACCAAGCCGAUCGCCGCUGUACAAUUUGAAAACAUUCGCGAUCGACUUGGGAUCCAAGGUGCCGCAGCUAACGAGUCGAGAGGGAGUGUUGAAAAGACAGCGGCUGUGAAGAAGACACCUCGUCAAGCUGCGUCAAGUGUUGAAGCAAGUGGAAGACCAAGCUUCGCUAUACCGGUGGGUACCGGUAUGUACCAGUAA